AUGCCCUCCCCAUAUGCCCAGGGUCUCGACCUUUUGGCUCGGGUACAGGACCAAGUCAAAGACAUCAAGCACGAUGCCAUCGAGCGUCGUGUCACUGUCCAGAGAUGGUACACUCUCGGACAGACUUGGAAUCUUCUCCGGAUGGCUUUGAUAGCGACUGGCGAAGCAGCAGACGAUGCGGUAGCUGCGAGCCACCAGCAACGCGCACGCUACGGAACUUACGCACAUAGGUACGUUACCGCACUCUCGGACCAUGCCCGCGCUGUUAGUCAGCAUCAUGAAUCGGAGCUCAUCUCCUUGGACAAUCUCCAAGAGCACUACACCGAGGCUUUGGGCCCUGAAGCUCAUGUGGUCCACACCAACCAGACAUUCCUUAAUACCCUCGACCGCAACAUCGAGGCAAUCAAACGGCGUCAAGGACUGGAGAUGGUUUACAUACGCUGGGUCCAGUUGAGAGCGAGCGCUGACCUCACGCAGCAAGCCGAAAACUUCCAUUCCGUGUGCAGUAGACUCAAUGUCCGGAAGAGGCGAGCUGACGAAGCAUGUAGGCGGGCGAAUCAUCUCCAAAGGCAGGUGUUCCAACGCGUCAAGCAGUAUGAACACCUCGAAAUGGAAGUUCGGAACGUACGGGAGGCGAUACAGGCUCUGUGA